AAUCAAGGACGUUGUUACACCUGGCUGGAGAAAGCUGGAGUGAUGUCACCAGACCAGUGAACUCUGCCUUGAUUGGGCCAUGUGACUGAUUGGGAUUGAGAGAAGAAAAAAAACUUCCACUUUUAAUGAGGUGAAAACUGAGGGACGUUUCAGAGUCGGUUUUCACCCGAUCUGCGCCAAUAUGAUAUUUCCAAUAAAGCUAUUCUUCGAGGAAUAAUCCACCUGCCUCGGGAGUUUUUGCUCGCAAUGGAUGUAUUACUUGGAAUCUGACACGCCGAUCUGCAGGUAUUGCAGCAAUUAAAAAGAGAGCCAGGAAUUACAACGAGGAGGAACUACGCACACCGAGUGGUUAAUUGUUGCAAAGAGCAGGGACCAGACGCACGAGACGGGCCAAAGUCCAGCCAGAGGAAAUAGGAGAGAAGCAAAACAACAAUGCCAGGCCGGGAGGGAGAAAAGCAGAGUUCAAGACUGGCCCCGAUGCGGUGAAAAACGGUGAAAGAUGUCGGCCAGUUUUGAGACUGCUGUCUCUGGAGCUUCUCUUUAGCCGGAAGGCUACUCUCAAGUGGCCUGACUUCAUUGUGGACUAGACGAAGAAUUUGUUGUGAGAAUGGAAAAAAAAAACUUCCUUCGGGCAGCUCUGAAUCAAAGGUGUUUUCUCAAAUAGGUUCAGAAGCAGAGUCCUAAAACUCCUUCUGUACUUGCCUUCUUUUCCGUUGAAAAAAAAAAUAGGCCGGUUGAGCAGGCUUGGAGUAGUCAGACAGGUCCACCUUGCUGGCAAAGCCAAGCCGCAGCUUCAAAGCUUUUGAUCUCUGAAAUAAAUUGGAAGGACCUACCUGUCGUGAGGUAGAGGCUGCCCUGGGUGAAGAAGAGGCCGCUUGGUGCCUGGAGCAUCCAGAACCUUCAACGGAGGUGCCUGGUGGAACCUGACUCCAGGAACGCCACACCUGAGCUUGGGGGAAAGACUCGGAGGCUUAUGUGGAGCUGCUGGCCGAAGUCUCAGUGCCUAGCCAAGAUACCCAGGAGGAGGGAAAAGGAGAAAGGCGAAGAGCACCAGAGGUGAAACCUGCUGUAGCCAUGAGAUCAAUCCGAUCGUUUGCUAACGAUGACCGGCAUGUGAUGAUGAAACAUUCAACGAUUUAUCCGUCUCCGGAGGAACUCGAAGCCGUCCAGAACAUGGUUUCCACCGUCGAAUGUGCCCUUAAGCAGGUCUCCGACUGGAUGGACGAGACCAGCAAGUCUUCUCGGGUGGAAGGCAGCUUGGAGGAGAAAGAGGAAACGGCGGAUGGCCGGAGUAGCAAGGAGCAAGGUGGCCGGAUCUUGUGCGGCGUGAUGAGGAUUGGUUUGGUGGCCAAAGGCUUGUUGAUAAAGGACGACAUGGACCUGGAACUGGUCCUGAUGUGCAAAGAAAAGCCCACAGAGACCCUCUUAUCCCUCGUCAAAGACAAUCUACCUGUCCAAAUCCAGAAACUCACCGAAGAGAAGUACCACAUAGAACACCAUCCCAGCGAAGCGUCCAUCGUCAUCCGUAGCACAACAGGGCUCCCGCUAACCCUCAAGGUGACCCUCACCUCUCCGCUAAUCCGUGAUGAAGCCGAGAAGAAGGACGGAGUCCAGCCCCGGUUGUUUAAUGGACUCCAUGGCUUGAAGUCUGGAGAAAAAGAGAUGGAUUCUUCUGAAGAAAACCUGGGUUUCUUCUGGAUAAAAGUGAGCUGGCUAGACAAUGUCCCGGUGAAAGAUUCUUCGGAUUUACUCAGCAGGCAAAAGUGCCUCGAAGCUUUGGCGUCUCUGCGACACGCCAAAUGGUUCCAGGCCAGAGCAAACGGGCUAAAAUCGUGCGUGAUUGUGCUGCGAAUCCUGAGAGAUUUAUGCAACCGAGUUCCUUCCUGGGCGCCGUUGAAAGGUUGGCCCCUGGAGCUGCUGUGCGAGAAAGCCAUUGGCACCUGUAACAGGCCGUUGGGUGCAGGAGAAGCUCUCCGGCGAGUGUUGGAGUGUUUGGCCUCCGGCAUCCUGUUGCCAGGUGGGCCCGGCGUGCAUGACCCCUGCGAACGAGAGCCAACGGAUGCCUUGUCUAGCGUGACUGUUCCACAAAGGGAAGCCAUAACCCAUAGUGCCCAGCAUGCCCUGAGACUCUCGGCUUUCGGCCAAAUCUACAAGGUGCUGGAGAUGGAUCCUCUCCCUUCCAAUAAGUCGUUCCAGAAAUACUCGUGGUCGGGGGUCGACAAAGAAGGCGCAGGUUCGUCUGCCCUAAAGAGGCCUUUUGAAGACGGGUUGGGGGACGAGAAAGACCCCAGUAAGAAAAUGAAGAGGAAUUUGAGGAAAAUCCUUGAUAGCAAAGCAAUAGAUCUUAUGAAUGCCUUGAUGCGGCUGAAUCAGAUCCGGCCCGGCUUGCAAUAUAAGCUGCUCUCUCAAUCGGGGCCCGUCCAUGCCCCGGUCUUCACCAUGUCGGUCGACGUGGACGGGACGACCUACGAAGCCUCAGGACCUUCUAAGAAGACGGCCAAGCUUCACGUCGCCGUAAAGGUGUUACAAGCGAUGGGUUACCCCACCGGCUUCGAUGCGGACAUGGAAUGCACGAGCUCCGAUGAGAAGUCGGACACAGAAGGCAAAAACGAGACGGUCUCUUCAACCACGAGCAAUAAUAAUGGAAAUGCCACAGUUGAUACCUCUGCAACCUUAGAAGUCCGAACUCAGGGUCCCAUCCUCACAGCCAGCGGCAAGAAUCCGGUAAUGGAGCUCAACGAAAAGCGGCGAGGCCUGAAAUACGAGCUCAUCUCCGAGACGGGCGGAAGCCAUGACAAGCGCUUUGUGAUGGAGGUAGAAGUCGACGGGCAGAGGUUCCGAGGGGCUGGCCCCAACAAAAAAGUAGCCAAGGCCAGUGCUGCCUUGGCGGCUCUCGAGAAGCUCUUUUCAGGCCCCAACGCGGCUGCCAAUAAGAAGAAAAAGAUUCUCCCACAGACCAAAGGAGGGAUCGUAAACACAGCCAUGUCUGCGGCGGCGCGAGGAAGAGGACGAGGGUCUCCCAUGCGGGGGGCGUUUGUCGGGGCAGCAGCGGCCACCAGUUACCUGGCACCAGGGUACGCGGCACCGUACGGAUACAACGCGGCAGCUGCCGCUGCACCGGCUUACGGUGGCUGUUUCAUUGACAGUCCUUACUGCCAACCAUUUGACGUGACGCCUUUUAUAAUUCACUUGGGGCCUCAGGAAUUCUUCUCUGACUUCUAGAGCAAAGAGGAGCUCCAAAGGGUGCUUUUUCCCACCCGAGAAAUUUUCAAAAAGCAAGAGCUAACCGAGACUCCGGACGGGAAGGAGGGAGGGAGGGAGGGAAGGGCGGUUUGUAUAGAAUAUUUUAAAAUCCUCGGACUUCCUCCAGCAUCCCAAAAGCAAUAGGCCCCCUUCACCCCUCCCCCACCCCCCACCCCUUUGCUCUUGAAAAACCACAGCAAUAGUUGUACGAUAGACGGGCCUCUUUUUAUGCUUUGCACUAUGGAUCAGGUCUUGGGGUUCAGCCGUAAGCCUCCCAUCCACUUUGAAUCUAGCUACCUUCGAACGCCCCUUAUGAGCUCAGGAGGACCCGAGUGGAUGUUUCUGGAGGCAGGCGGGGUGUUUUGGGGGGGACCGAAACAACCGUGAACGUUCCCAGCUGGUGGAAAUCGCUUGAACGGCGGGCGUCCUGCGACUCGGAAUUGCCCGAAGGAUGCCCUCGAGUUGAGAUGGUCAUCUUGAGCGAUGACGUCCAACCAGGAGAUGGACUUAGGAAGCCCAACUUCCCCGAGAAAAAGCGAGAUGAGGACAUGGCCAGAAAGAAGGGGACCACUCAGAGCUCGCACCGACUUUGCAAAGGGGGGCGGUGGGCUCGGGAAAACCAGGAGAGUUCGUAGCAAGAAGAUAGGGCAAAUCUAGAAGGUGAAGUCCUCGUUGUGAUGGGUUCCUUCGUUGACUCUGUGGGAGAAGUUGCCCCUGGAUUGUGCCUUCACUACCAAAAGAGGGUAGACUUUCUACCCAUGAUUGUUUUCGAAGCAAUUAUGUUUUCCAUUCCAACCCGGAGACAUUUUAGGUGUAAAAAUAAAACCGAAAGGUAGAAACCGUAAGCUGAAGUCACGGAGAUUGUAAAGGGUAAAGCAGCUAAGCGCUAUAGAGAUUUAUUUCUGUUCCUGCGUUUUGCUAACUCGCAACAACCUCUUCGUACUUCACGCCAGUUUUUUUUUUCUUCUCCGUGUCCUUCUCAAUGAA